CCGGCCUGCCCCGCGACAAGAUGGCAGCCUGAAGGCAGCGGGCCGCGGAAGAAAUCUCUGUAGGAGCAUCUGCCCCAAUUUCAGCUGAAGACCCUGGGGGCCCAGGGACUGGAAGCAUCACAGUGCCUGCCUGGAGGAAGAAGAGGUAGCGACCUGCCCAAGCCCAACCCCAAAGCGGCUCCGGAGUUGGGCUGCUCACAAAUCAAGCUGUCUGUUUAUAUGGAGUGCCUGGAGGGUGUCUGCCAUGAGUCUGUCACUAACCGUGCUAACCAGGAGAGCUGGCUGGUUGGGGAGAAGACACUAACCCCGAGCUUUUGGCAAGAGGAAGUGGAGGGGCCGUGGGAUGCGGAGAGCCGAGGGCUAACUCCCGGACAGCGGAACAGAGCAGGCUGCUGACAGACAGACGGUUGAGGAGCCCUCGCCUCCCAGAAUGACCAGUGCGGCCCCUGCUAAGAAACCCUACCGCAAGGCACCGCCUGAGCAUCGGGAGCUGCGGCUGGAAGCUCCUGGGUCCCAGCUGGAGCAGCAGGUCAGCAAGACCGGCACCCCCACUUUGCCUGGCAGAGGAGUCCCUGACUGACGCAGAGAGGAUGAAGUGAGUAUCUGCUGCCCGAGAGCCUGCCCUGCCUCAGCUCUGUCCCCUUAGCUCCGGGCGAGGCUGGUGGUGUAGUUGGGCUUUUCCUUGGAUUAGGUAGAGGUAAAUGUUGGGUUGGGGUGGGGUGGUUUAGGAACCCUGGGAGGAGGCUUGGUGUGGAUAUUCCUUUGGAAAAACAGGUUUGUUCCAUGAGCUGCAAGAGAACCUGGAAUCAAGGAGGGGAUGGCUCUGAGGGCCUGCUCUUGCCAGCAAGCUCUUCCCCAGCGCCUGGCCCUUCUGUGCCAGCUGCCUCCCUGGAGCCCUUUCCGUCAGCCAUGCUGUUGCAGCAGGAGAAUGAAGAGCUUCGCAGGCGCCUGGCCUUGGCCACCAGGCGCACCGAGGCCCUGGAGCGCGAGCUGGAAAUUGGGCAGGACUGCCUGGAGCUGGAGCUGGGCCAGAGCCGCGAGGAGCUGGACAAAUUUAAGGACAAGUUCCGCAGGCUGCAGAACAGCUACACAGCUUCCCAGAGGACCAACCAGGAGCUGGAGGACAAGCUGCACACGCUGGCCUCUCUUAGCCACAGCUGGAUUUUUGCAAUCAAGAAGGCUGAGAUGGAUAGGAAGACACUGGACUGGGAGAUUGUAGAGCUGACCAACAAGCUGCUGGAUGCCAAGAACACCAUCAACAAGCUGGAGGAGCUCAACGAGAGGUACCGGCUGGACUGCAACCUGGCUGUGCAGCUCCUCAAGUGCAACAAAUCCCACUUCCGUAACCACAAGUUCGCUGAUCUGCCCUGUGAGCUACAGGACAUGGUUCGGAAACAUCUGCACAGUGGUCAGGAAGCUGCCAGCCCGGACCCUGCCCCCAGCCUGGCACCAGGGGCUGUGGUACCCACCUCGGUCAUUGCCCGCGUGUUGGAGAAGCCGGAGUCUCUAUUGCUCAAUUCGGCCCAGUCAGGCAGUGCUGGGCGCCCCUUGGCUGAGGAUGUCUUUGUGCAUGUAGACAUGAGUGGGGGUGCCCCCGGUGACCUAGCCAGUCCCCCAGUCCCUGGCAGCCCCACCCCUCAACCCAAUGGGGAGUGCCACUCUCUGAGCACCGCUGGGGGCUCCCCAGAUGAGGAGGUGCCUCUGCCGGCCUUUGAGAAGCUCAGCCCCUACCCCACCCCAUCUCCACCACACCCUCUGUAUCCCGGCCGGAAGGUAAUAGAGUUCUCUGAGGAUAAGGUGCGAAUCCCCCGCAACAGCCCCCUGCCCAACUGCACGUAUGCCACCCGCCAGGCCAUUUCCCUGAGCCUGGUGGAGGAGGGGAGUGAGCGGGGCCGUCCGAGCCCAGUGCCCAGCAGCCCUGCUUCCGCCCAGGCCUCACCCCACCACCAGCCCAGCCCAGCCCCCCCAAUACUCAGUGCCCCAGCCAGCUCUGCCAGCUCUGAGGAGGACCUGCUGGCCAGCUGGCAGCGGGCAUUUGUUGACCGCACUCCACCGGCCGCUGUGGCCCAGUGCACAGCUUAUGGACAUGAGGCGCUCCCUGAGCUGCAGCGCCAGUUUGCUCUGAGCCCCGCUGACAGAGAGGAGGAGGUUCAGGCACCUUCUUCCCCACCUGGUGAGAGUGGGCUUUUGCUGCCAACAGAACCCGACUCUGGCCUUCCCAGGGAGGAAGAUGAGGAAGAGCUGAAUCUGCCCAUCAGCCCUGAGGAAGAACAGCAGAGCCUGCUGCCCCGUGAUACUGGCACAGAGACAGGGCCUGGUACUUCCCACACUGAGGGCAGGACCUGGGCACUCCCUGGCUCCAGCCGGCCCCAGCGCAGCCCUAAGAGGAUGGGGGUACACCACCUACACCGCAAGGACAGCCUGACCCAGGCCCAGGAGCAGGGCAAUCUGCUCAAUUGAGGCCCCUGCUUGCCUUCCUGCCACUGCUGCACUGGGACUGCAAGGAGACCUGAUCCUUGCAGCUCAUUGUCCUCUCCCCAGCCAAGCGUCCCUCUAGGCCUGCACAGCUCUGUUCCUUGUACGGGGAGGGCCAGGUGGUGGGCCACACCAGGCCUUUCAGCUGCAUUGACUGACUGGCACCAGCUUGCCUCAUGGUUUUCCCCUUCUUGAAAUAUUUAUUCUCCAAAGGUAACAUGCAGCCAGGGCUCAAGAUCUUUCUUCAAAUCAGUCCAGCCCAAAUCGGGCUGUUCUGGGGAGCUGAGGGGCUCAUCACAUCAGUGUUCAUCCUCCCUCUUCCUCUCAUAGCCAUGAGGUGUUGUGUUGUUUUGUUUUUUGAUGAGGGGGUGUUAUUGGGAUUAUUAACCUCUAAUUCCUAUUUUCUAUUAACGUUUCUAUUUUUUACCUGUUUCCCUCUCCCCAAAAUCCCUUGCACAGCCAUUGCCUUUAAGGGGCCUGGCACAGCGCGCCCUCCGGGGUGGGAGAGGGCUGACUCAGGGCUCUCCUCAGCUGUUCCCUCUGGAAGGGAGUGGAGGGCGGGCCUCGGGCCUCCAGCUGGGCUCUAGAUGAGGCCUGGCUCCCCUCCUAAUCUUGGCUCUAGACUGUUACUCCCAGCUUUGGGAAAUUUUCACAUUGAUGAUUUUAAAAUUAAAUAAAACUAUUUUACUGUUAUGGGCUAA